AUGAGAUUCUUAGUUAGUUGCAGUGACAGUGGGUCACUGAAAGAGGUUGUUUGUAACCAGAACACCGACACUUCCGUCUUGGCAGCUCCGCAACCAUUGCAUGUAGAAUCGCAUUUAACUCAAGGUUUAAAGAAUGAAAUUGAUCAAAUCUGUGAAAUUGCCGGUGACUGUAUGCUCGUAGGCAGAAGAAAUGGGGCCUUAGAGUUGGUUAAAACUACUAGAGUUCCAAAAACAUACGAAGAAGAGGGUGAAGCAAAGCCUAUUUUCGACAUCACGAAUUUCGAAAUUAUUCACAAAUUAGAUGGUCUUUUGAAUGAUUCCAAACUGGAACCCUUAUUCCAGAAGUCUAAGAGACGGACAAAGCAAAGUGAUUCAUUCAUCGCAAUCUCUAAAUUGCCAAAUUACGACAACGAUUAUCUUGUCAGUACUCGUUCCGGUCUGUUACAUAUAAUUCGAGUUAAAGACAAUAAGGAACUUCAUCUACAAAUAACUCACGAAGUGAAAGCUCCUUUGGAAUUUGCUACUGUUUUUGAUAAUGUGAAAAUAGAAGAUAAAACAAUAAUAGCAUAUGGUGGUGAAGAAAAUCCUAUAAAAUUGAUUGAACUAAACAACACAAACGAGGAACUAAACCAAAUAUGGGAAGCGAAAAACGUUGCUAAUGAUAGACUAGAUAUGAGGGUCCCAGUAUGGCCAACUGGAUUACAGUUUUUGAAUCCACAGCAAAAUCCAAGUGACAAAUCGAAAUUAAACUAUCAAUUUGUGUGCGUAACUCGUUGGGGCCAUCUAGGUGUCUAUGUAACGCAACAUGGCAGAAAACCUCUGCAUUAUAUUGAUCUGCUUCCUAAUAGGGAGCCGUUAACACGACUAGCUAUGGUUGGCAAUUUAACAAAACUAGGUAAUCUAAAUGAAACUGACAUUAACAAUUUCACUUUUGUCACUCCAGAUACGAAGAAAGACAUUUGGAAAUUCAACGAGAAGGGACGCCUAUUAGGUAAAUAUGGUAAAGGAGAUAUUGUCGGUGCAUCUACAUUCGUCACUAUCACAAACAACAAAUAUCUGUUGGCCGGUGGUCUUGACAGAUACUUACGUGUUUACAACGUUACAUCCUGCAAACUCAUUGCGAAGGUUUACGUCAGGUCCAAGGUCAACUUCAUCAAGAUGCUAGAUGAUGAGGAUAUUCUAAUUCCAACGCCUGCUGCCAUUGAUAAGCAGAAAACUAAGAGGAAAAUAUCAGAAGAAACAGAAGACGAUGCAGAAGACCUAUGGGAAAAAUUGGAAACAAGAGCAAAGAAGGUGCAAAAGAACAGAAGCUGA